AUGACUAAGGCUACAGAUACUGCAUUGGCUUUCAUUACAAUCAGUUCCAUAUACAUUGCCUUGUGGGUUGAAGCUAUUCCGCUACCGGCUCUUUUGCACGAUGAAAUUCUCCCAGUGCUUCCAUGGUGGGCCCUCGUCUCCUAUGGAUGUUACUGUUUGUACAGUCUAGGUUACGGUGUCUACGUACUUAAUGAUAGGGAAGAUAAGUAUCAGGAAUUGUUGUCACAAAUCUCGGAAGCAAAGGCGUUCAUGAAGAAGAAUGGUGUCGACGUUAAAGAGUGA